ACCGAGGGGUGGGCUUCGCUGUCCAACCGCGGGCACUGAGUGUCUGAGCCCAGGGCGGCUCCGAGACAGCCCCAGCUGCUGGUGCGCUGGGAAGAGCAUCCCAGCCCCCGCCGCCGCCGCCGGCCGCUGGCUCCGGGUCCGGCAGCCACAGCUGGGAGCCCUACGUGUCACUGAGAGCAGCUGCUGCUGCGGCUACCGCGGGCCCCCGGGAGACGGACAGCACCCGGGCAGCGGCCCGAGCAAGCACCAUGCCCGCCGUGGACAAGUUGCUGUUAGAAGAGGCAUUGCAGGACAGCCCCCAGACUCGUUCCCUGCUGAGCGUCUUUGAAGAAGAUGCAGGCACCCUCACAGACUACACCAACCAGUUGCUUCAGGCCAUGCAGCGAGUGUAUGGAGCCCAGAAUGAAAUGUGCUUAGCCACCCAGCAACUUUCCAAGCAGCUACUGGCCUAUGAGAAACAGAAUUUUGCUCUUGGCAAAGGAGAUGAAGAAGUCAUAACCACCCUCCACUAUUUUUCCAAGGUGGUGGAUGAGCUUAACCUCCUCCAUACAGAGCUGACGAAGCAACUGGCAGACACGAUGGUGCUUCCCAUCAUACAGUUUCGAGAGAAAGAUCUCACAGAAGUCAGCACCUUAAAGGAUCUCUUUGGCCUCGCUAGCAAUGAACAUGAUUUGUCCAUGGCAAAGUAUAGCCGGCUACCGAAGAAAAAAGAGAAUGAAAAGGUGAAGUCCGAGGUCGCAAAAGAGGUGGCUGCAGCCCGAAGGAAGCAGCAUCUGUCGUCCCUCCAGUACUAUUGUGCCCUAAAUGCUCUUCAGUACAGGAAGAGGAUUGCGAUGAUGGAGCCCAUGUUAGGAUAUGCCCAAGGACAGAUAAACUUUUUUAAGAAAGGAGCCGAGAUGUUUUCCAAAAGGAUGGACAGCCUUUUGUCUAACACCAGAGCCAUGGUUCAAAGCAUACAGGAAGAAUCGGAGGCCGAGGUUGAAAAGAUGCGGCUGUCCCAGCAAGAGCUGCUCUCUGAUGAAUCCGUUUACACCCCAGAUUUUGACGUCGCUGCACCAGCCAUCAACAGGAACCUCAUCCAGAAGGCUGGUUACCUCAAUCUCAGAAACAAAACUGGCUUGGUCACAACCUCGUGGGAGAGGCUCUACUUCUUCACUCAAGGUGGGAACCUCAUGUGUCAGCCUCGGGGCGCUGUUGCGGGCGGUUUGAUCCAGGACUUGGACAACUGCUCCGUCAUGGCCGUGGACUGUGAGGACCGGCGCUACUGUUUCCAGAUCACCACCCCGACGGGGAAACCGGGGAUCACCCUGCAAGCUGAAAGCAAAAAGGAAAAUGAGGAGUGGAUAUGUGCCAUCAACAACAUCUCCAGGCAGAUCUACCUGACCGACAACCCUGAGGCCGUGGCCAUCAAGUUGAACCAGACAGCCCUCCAGGCAGUGACGCCGAUCACAAGCUUUGGAAAAAAACAGGACCCCUCACGACCAAGCCAGAACCGGAAGCAUUCAGGUUCAGAAAAUGACAAGAUGGUCCCUAACCCAGCAGCUAAAGUCCCUGAUGCCGACCAGUUAAUCGUACCCGGGACACCUAUUCAAUUUGAUAUCGUCCUUCCUGCUACUGAAUUCCUGGAUCAGAAUCGAAGUGGCAGGCGUACAAACCCGUUUGGCGAAUCAGCAGAUGAAAAGCAGCCUGACGAGGAGGAUUCGCUGUUGCAGCAGAUGUUUAUAGUUCGGUUUUUAGGAUCCAUGGCUGUCAAAACCGACGGCACUAGCGAGGUGAUUUAUGAGGCCAUGAGACAAGUGUUGGCUGCCCGUGCAAUCCAUAACAUCUUCCGCAUGACAGAAUCCCAUCUGAUGGUCACCAGCAAAACUCUGAGGCUGAUCGACCCUCAAACCCAAGUAACAAGGGCCAGUUUUGAACUCACCAGCGUCACGCAGUUUGCGGCCCAUCAAGAAAAUAAGAGAUUAGUUGGUUUCAUUGUGUGUGUUCCCGAGUCUGCUGGAGAAGAAUCCCUGAGUGCAUAUGUGUUUGAGAGCAACACAGAGGGAGAAAAGAUCUGUUACGCUAUUAGCUUGGGGAAAGAAAUUAUUGAGGCUCAGAAGGACCCAGAAGCACUGGCUCAGCUCAUGCUCUCCAUGCCACUGACCAGUGACGGGAAGUUUGUGUUACUGAACGACCAGCCAGACAGUGAAGAUGGAAACCCAAAUGAAAGUAAAGGAGCCGAGUCUGAAGCAUGAGCUCACGUUUGCUGGUGGGGAAGACACUGGGGAGGCCUCUCCACACGGUUCUUGGUGUUUCUUGCCACUGGCCAGUUUCUGAAUUUUGACAAUCAGGGGCAGAAUGUUUCAUCCCAGCCUUGGGGCUGUGAGACCGAGAAGGGGCGACUGUAAGGAACGGUUGAUGAUGUCUCAUUUCUGCCGAGGUUAAAAUGUUUUAGGUACCUUAUAGCAAAGUCCUUUUCCUUGUUUGCAUCAUUUAGUUUUGAAUGAAGGUUAAGGGGUAAAAAAUGCACUGUUCGCUUUAUUUUUAAAUGAAGUAAACGCUGUCUCCUCGGU